UUGUGGAGGAGCAUAGGCAUUUCGUCAGGAAAAUGGUGGCGUAUGGAAAAAAUGUUGCGAAUGGCGGUAAUCGUUUGCAAUGAUUUCAUGGACUCGUUUGAAGAUAAUGUUUACACGUUCUGAUGCUGAUCAAAAUGGAUCUGGAUACAAUCCAGUGGAAGGUGACAUCGCUAUGACAGACAUUAUGGAAAACGAAGCAGCCUCGAUAAAUAGAGCAUUUGAAAAUAAAGAAAAGCCGAGCGAAAUGACUCAACUCGAUAAUUCUCGAAAUGCUGACCAGACCUACUUCGUCGAAAAGAUUCAUAUCCCGAAGGCGGAAGGAGAUAACAACUAUAAAUUCAGUUUUAAGAAACUAUGGGCAUUUACAGGUCCAGGGUUUUUGAUGAGCAUUGCAUAUUUGGACCCAGGCAAUAUUGAAUCAGAUCUUCAACAGGGUGCUGUGGCAGAGUACAAGUUGAUAUGGAUCCUUUUUCUGGCCACAGUUAUGGGGCUGCUUAUGCAGACUUUAGCUGCAAGGCUUGGAACUGUCAGUGGUAUGCAUUUGGCAGAGGUUUGCCAUGAAAAGUAUCCCAGAAUUCCAAGGAUCAUUUUAUGGUUAAUGGUAGAAAUUGCUAUCAUUGGAAGUGAUAUGCAGGAAGUAAUUGGUACUGCUAUUGCCAUCUUUCUUUUGUCUGAUGGAAGGGUUCCGCUGUAUGCAGGAGUUCUUAUAACCAUCACAGACACAUUUGUGUUCCUGUUUCUUGACAAAUAUGGACUGAGAAAACUUGAAGCAUUCUUUGGUUUUCUUAUAACUGUCAUGGCAGUGUCAUUUGGUUAUGAGUAUGUUGUUGCUAAACCAUCCCAGACUGAAGUUUUGAAAGGUUUUAUUCCUGGAUGUGGGAAUUGCAGCCAGAAAGUUAUCACUCAGGCUGUUGGUGUUAUUGGUGCUGUCAUCAUGCCCCAUAAUUUCUACUUGCAUUCUGCCCUUGUAAAGUCAAGAGAUAUUAAUAGAAAAAAUAAGAAGGAUGUCAAAGAAGCAAAUAUGUACUACUUUAUUGAAUCAGCAAUUGCCUUGUUGGUAUCAUUUGUAAUCAACUUGUUUGUGGUUGCUGUGUUUGCUCGUGCUUUCUACCAAAAAACAUAUGGAGAUAUUUACGGUGACUGCUUGAGAAAUAAGAACCCACAUGCUCAUCUCUUCAAUGUUUCUAAUCCAAACAAGACUCUUGAUGGAAAUCUGUACUACGGAGGUGUCUUUCUCGGUUGCUACUACUCCAAUGUGGCAAUGUACAUCUGGGCUAUUGGACUUCUUGCAGCUGGCCAGAGCUCAACAAUGACGGGUACUUACUCCGGACAGUUUGCAAUGGAGGGGUUUCUAAAGCUUUCAUGGGCUCGAUGGAAGAGAGUCCUGUUUACUCGGUCCAUUGCCAUUGGGCCUACCUUACUGGUUGCGACUUUCAAAGGGGUGGAAGACCUGACAGGCAUGAACGAUUUCUUGAAUAUUCUACAAAGUUUGCAGCUACCAUUUGCAGUUUUACCACUUCUGACUUUCACUAAUGACAGCGGUAUAAUGAGAGAUUUCAAGAAUAAAACAGUAACAAUCGUUGUAACCUGGCUGUUGGCUGGAGCUGUCAUUUCGAUUAAUCUUUAUCUGGUCGUGGACAGCAUGUCUGGUUUCACAAAUAAACUAUUGUUGAUUGGAAUCGUACCACUGAUGGUGAUAUGGAUUAUCUUCUACUUAAUACUGGCCUACUAUGCUGCUGGAUUUCAAUUUCUUGAAAGAUUUAAGUGGUUGCAGAGAAAAAGCUAUGAAGUGCACUUUGAUGAAGACGAGAAGACUCCCGAUUGAAUUGACAACUUUGCUGUUGAUAGCGGACAAUGUACGACAGACAGGUUUGGUAGUAACGCAUUUUACAUGUAGACUGUACUGCAUCGAAAAGCGUUAGCAAAUCGUAGUCUUCUUCAGAUGUCGUUCUUCACUUCAUACCACAUUCACUUGUGGUAUGUCAAAAAAAUGUAAAAUUUUAUUGAAUAACCAUGUUUUCUCUUAUUUUUGCCUAAAAGUCAAAUUAGUUCUAACUUUCCAUGAUAAUUACUAAUUAUUUCUAGACUUCAAAAUAGUUUUAUUAAGAGUUCGGGCUAGCGCUUAGAUAUUUUAUGAGUCUGUGAGUGCAUGGUAUAUGAGUGCAAUAAUUGGUUUCUAGUCUAAUCUAACAAAAGGCUUUAUGUGAAAAUGUUUGAAAAAUUAAGCAAACGAAUCUUAUUAUGCGCUUCCGCUAGAUAAGACUGCAAAUUUCACUAGGUUUGAUUAGAAAAAGGUUUUUUUCAAUGUUUAGAUCAAUUUGCAUGACGCUCCUUAUGUAAAUGAAAUCUGAAUCAUGAGUAAUAGACUUAGAUUGUAUCUAGAAGAGAAUUACUAUAUAGUAGAAACCCACAUAAAAAAACCUAGGUUUUUUUCUUGCAGCCUGAAUAGGUUCUUAAUAAACAGGCUGCUUUUCUAAGUUCCAGUCUAAAAGGUUCUUAACAAAGUUCCUAUAUACAUACAGGCCUUGCACACAUAAACUAUGUUUUCCACCGCAAGAAUUCAAACAGACACACCUAAACCAGCUUUGGUUUUUCAUGUUAAGUUUCAAGCAAUCAAACGAAUUUGUCUUGUUAGAUUAUCCAAAUAGAAUGCAACCUACCAAAAUCAGAUUUAACUCUAAGUUGGUUUAAUUUGCGGGUGUGAAUAGGGUGUAAAAAUACCACUCUUAAAGCCCUUUUUUCUUAUAUAUAUAAGAACCUUUCCAAAUUGCAGCCUCUUGGGGGUUCUCAAUUAUGGGGUUUACAAAAUUAAAUUUCAGCGUCAAGGUUCUUAUAAAAACAGGUUCUUCUAUGCGGGUUUCUACUGUAGAUUGUAUCUGUCAGAAAUUUAAUUUAAUUUUUUAUGAUUAUCAGUUGAGAAAUAUUUUGUUUUUUUAAUUAUUUUCUUGUUUGCCUAAGAUUUUGCCUUAGUGACGUAAACUCCAGCGAUUUAUUUAUUAUUUCUAUGUAAGAGGUCAUACGAUCCUUAUGUCCCUGAAGUUCGUGGAAAGCCAGGCUGUGAAGAAACUGUCUUUGGUUAGCA